AUGUCAAUUUCAGGUGUUGUUAGAUUAGGAAAACCUUCAAAAAAGGCUAUUUUUUCAAUGACCGAUUCAGCUAUUAAGAGAGUUAAAGAAAUUAUGAAAGAUAAUAAAAUAGAUAAUUGUAUUGGAUUAAGAUUAGGUGUUAAACAAAGAGGGUGUUCAGGAAUGUCAUAUACAUUAGAUUUUGCAACUACAAAAAACAAAUUUGAUGAAACUGUUGUCGCAGAUAAAGAUAUAAAUAUUAUAGUAGAUUCCAAAGCAUUACUAUCAGUUAUAGGUACAGAGAUGGAUUAUAUAGAGGAACCAAUUAAAAAAGAAUUUAUUUUUAUUAAUCCAAAUGCAACCAAUACAUGUGGAUGUGGAGAGUCAUUUUCAACUAAAGAUUUUUCAAUCCCUGACCUAAAUUUAUCAAAAAAUUGA